AUGAUCGAAAUCAGGGGUAUGCUGCAACAACUCAUUGGGGCAAAUGGAAAGAUGCAAGAGAAGUUAGCUGCACAUGAUUCAGCAAUCAAAGGCAUUGAAACUCAAUUGGGACAGCUAUCUAUGGCCUUGAACAAUCGCCCACAAGGAACAUUUCCUGCAGAUACAAACGUUAAUCCAAAGGAGCAGAACCCGAAUCAGCUCAUGGCAGUGAGUCUCAGGAAUGGGAGAGAUUUAGACAGGGAGCAACAAGUUGCUCAAUUCAGGAGAGAGACAACGCCAACUACUCCAGCUGCCCCGGUUACAUUAGAGACCGAUGAGUCGGCAGAGCUCACCGAGGUUGUAAUCGAGCAAGCACGGGUUGACAAGGGUAAGGAGAAGGAAGGUGAACAACUCCCGAAACAGGAAGUAGAAAAAGCUUCCAGCAAAGAAAGACGCAAAGCAGACCUGUCCACUGUAACUCUGACGCAGACCUGCAGCGCGGUAGUGACAAGACCUAUGGCUCAAAAGGUGUCUGAUCCAGGUAGUUUCACUAUCCCAUGCACCAUUGGGAGUUACGCUUUUGCUAAAGCAUUUUGUGCUUUAGGAGCCAGUAUAAACUUGAUGCCCUUGGCAAUCUACACAAAACAGGGCAUUGGCAGAGCUAGACCGACCUCAAUGUUGCUGCAACUGGCUGAUCGCACAAUGAAAAGACCGAACAGAAUUCUUGAUGAUGUGCUUGUUCAAGUGGGGAAAUUUGUAUUCCCUACAGACUUCGUCAUUCUUGACUGUCAAGUGGAUGAAGAGAUACCAAUCAUUCUGGGCUGUCCGUUUUUAGCCACUGGGAGAGCAUUGAUUGAUUGUGAAAUUGGGAAUUGA